AUGGGAUCCAGGGACCAACCCACACUCAUGCAACUGGCUCUUUGGAGGCUGCUGAGGGAGGAGGCCUUGAUCAUCUCUGCUCUGGAGGACCUUCCUGUGGGGCUGUUCCCGAAGAUUUUUGAGGAGGCCUUCAGUCUCAGAGUUACAAACAUCCUGAGGGCCAUGGUGCCUGCUUGGCCUUUCCCAUGCCUUCCAGCAGGAGACCUGAGAUGUGACUCCCACCUGGAGACUCUGAAAGCUGUGCUUGAUGGACUAAAUGUGUUGAUUACAGAGAGGGUUCAUCCCAGCAGGUCAAAACUCAGAAUGCUUGAUUUGACAAAUGUCAACCUUGACUUCUUGAGCCUCAAUGCUGGAAGCUGUGAAGGUGACUGCUCACUACAAGCCAUGAGGCAGCAGCAGUCAGUGGAGAUGUGUCCCAACUCUGGGCAGAAGAAGCCUUUCACAGUAGUAACUGAUCUCAAAGUCAGGAUGGCCAGUUUCAAUGAAUCUGCCACCUACUUGUUGCAGUGGGCCAAGCAGCGAGAAGCUUCCGUUCAUCUGUGCUGUAGGAAGCUGCACAUGUGCCAUCCACCUGUCUUCACUGCUACACAGCUCUUCAAAAUCAUAGGCGUAGACUGCAUCCGGGAGCUGCAGUUGAGUCAGUGGUCUCUUCAAUACAUGGCACACAUUUUUCCUUACCUGGGACAGAUGAGAAAUCUUCACACCCUCAUCCUAGAAAGAAUUCAGAGGCCCUUCAGGGUUGAUGCUUCUGCAGAGCCGGGAUGGAUAUGCCUGUUGCUGUCUCAGUUCUCCAAACUCCCCUGUCUCCAGAACCUCUAUGCACAUGACAUCUACUUUUUAACAGGCUGCCUUGAAGAGUGGUUCAGGUGCCUUAACAACCCCUUGGUAACCCUGUCAAUCACUGACUGCUGUCUCUCACAGUCAGACCUGGAUUACCUGAGCCAGUGCCAGAAUAUCAGCACUAAACAUCUGGACCUGAGUGGUGUAGGGCUGUGUGAUUGGUGCCCUAAGCUUCUUGUGGUUCUGCUUGAGAGAAUCUCAAGUACCCUGCAAACUCUAGAAUUGGAGAGGUGCAACUUGACAGAUCCUCAUUUCAAUGCCAUCUUGCCUGCCCUGACCCAGUGCUCCCAGCUUACCAAGAUCAGUUUUAUUCAUAAUUUUAUCUCUAUGCUUGUCCUGAAGAACCUUCUACAUCACACAGCCAAGAUGAGAAAACUGAUCCAGGAGCUGUACCCCCGCCCGUCUGAAUGCUAUGACUAAUUUACAAUACUUAGAGACAAAUUUACACAACUGUGUCCUGAGCUGCUAGAUAUACUCAAGGUAGAAAGGCAGCCCAAGAAAGUCUCCUUUGCUACACCAUUCGUCCUGGGACUAAAGGUGUGA